AUGCUACGAGGAUUGGCCAUCGAAACCCCAAUAGCAGAAAGAGGCACCCUCGCGGUCAUCAUUCAUUGCGCCAUAAGCGAAGAAGCCCUGUUUCUCUCUGCUCUCGCCCUUACCGGAAAGUAAAAUCCCGCCGAGAUCCUCAUCGCCGGCGGCCGUUGCAAGCAUGUCCUCAUCCCUUCUUCACCAGACCUCUCUAACGACUCUUCGCGCUUCUUCAUCCUUCAAACCCCAGCGGAGGACUCUCAGCUGCAAUUUCGCAACUCCCGCCAAAAUCUCCGCCUCCCCCAACCCAGACGACGGUGGCGAUGACGGGGAACGGCCUUUCAGGAAAAGUGAGAAUAAGCUUGCGAAAUUGGCUGUGGUUGCGCUGGCUGCAGGGGUGCUGACCAUGGCUUCAGUAGACCCUGCAUCCGCUGCUAAGAGCGGCGGGAGAGUUGGGGGUCAGUCCUUCCGUUCGUCGCCUUCUGCGCCGGGUGCUUCAGCUCCAAGGAUCAAUAAUUCCAGGACCAAUGUAUACAUUAACCCACCAGUUGCUCCUCCUCUAGUCGGUGGAUAUGGGUAUAGCAUGCCGUUCUAUGGUGGCGGGUGGGGCUGGUCGCCAUUCUCAUUCUUUGCUCCCGGACCGAGUGUUGCAAUAGGCGUUGGCGGCGGUUUUGACACAUUGGCCCUCUUUGUGUUCAUUGGUGCAGGCGCUGCGGUUGUUAGGAGAUUACUAGGGGGGUCAAGAGGUGAAAAUGAUGAUGAUGAUGAUUACUAGUCUUAAGAAUAAAAAUGUUGUAUAGACUUCGUACUUACAUUGAUGAAUGUAUACAUAUAUCACCAUAAAAUUUAUAUUUAAAAAAAAACGUUACAACUUGCGGAAGAAUUUUAGUGCUACUACUAGUAUUAUUCAUUGGGUUUUUGCCACAAAGAGUGGACACUAACACAUUGUUUGGAUGAUAAGAAAAUGGGAGGAAAGAAAAUACAAGGUGAGAAAAUGAAUAUUCAAAGCAUUU